ACAAUAUAUACAACUCACAAAGACAAACACUCUUCAUUUCUUAAGACAAGAUGGCACUUGAGAUCGACAACAAAUUCACCGGACCAGUCGCUAACGGUGGAGAAAAGAGAGCUUACGUGACUUUCCUAGCUGGAAACGGAGACUUCGUGAAAGGAGUGGUGGGUCUUGCUAAGGGGCUAAGGAAAGUUAAGAGCAUGUAUCCACUUGUGGUGGCUGUAUUGCCGGACGUACCAGAGGAUCACCGGAAACAGCUGGUGGAGCAAGGCUGUGUCGUUAAAGAGAUCGAGCCGGUUUACCCACCGGAGAGUCAAACCGAGUUUGCCAUGGCUUAUUACGUUAUCAACUAUUCUAAGCUUCGUAUUUGGAAGUUUGUGGAGUAUAGCAAGAUGAUAUACUUGGACGGAGACAUACAAGUGUUCCAAAACAUAGACCACUUGUUUGAUCUCCCGAGCGGCCACUUCUACGCAGUCAAAGACUGUUUCUGCGAGAAGACAUGGAGCCACACCCCACAGAACAAGAUAGGUUAUUGCCAACAGUGUCCAGAAAAGGUGACUUGGCCGUCAGAACUUGGUCCUCAGCCACCUUUGUACUUCAACGCUGGAAUGUUCGUCUACGAGCCUAAUCUUUACACUUAUCAUAAUCUCUUGGAGACUCUGAAAGUUGUUCCUCCCACUCCUUUUGCGGAACAGGAUUUCUUGAAUAUGUAUUUCAGGGACAUAUACAAGCCGAUACCAGGAAUUUAUAAUUUGGUUAUGGCUAUGCUCUGGAGACAUCCAGAGAAUGUAGAGCUUGACAAAGUUAAAGUUGCUCACUAUUGUGCUGCUGGUUCUAAGCCUUGGAGGUUCACUGGAAAAGAGCCGAACAUGGGGAGAGAAGAUAUCAAAAUGUUGGUCAAGAAAUGGUGGGACAUAUACAACGACGAGACUCUUGAUUACAAGAACAUCAGUGGCGACAAAGGAGGUGACGACCAUAAGAAGCAGUUUGUCAAAGCUUUGUCGGAGGCCGGUGUGCUUCAGUACGUCAAAGCUCCAUCUGCAGCUUAGUCACCAUAUAAUCAUCAAGCUUUGUUGCUCCCUUUUCU